AUGCAGAGGGAGGGACUGGCUGUUCAGAGAGCAUGGAGCUUCAUUCACUCUGCUAAACACACACACACACACUCAUGUAUCCCCUGGAAAGCUGUUCUCAGGCUGAGAGAAAAAAGAGGAGCAGCAAGAGAGGACGGCACACUCGCUGAGUGGUGACCGUCAGGAAAAAUAGAUCCUAAGAGAGGCCAAAGGGGGACAGUCACCGUCACAGGAUCCUGGACAGCGAGGGCCAUUUCGGAUCCGGCGAAUCGUUCCGAGCGAAGAUAUCCCGCGGAUCUGAGGGGAGAAAGCGGCGCACAGCUGCCAAGACCAACCUCGCAAUGUCCCGGAGGAGGUCUACAGGUGAUCUGGUGCCCAGGGACAUCAGUGAGAUCCUAGCUAAGGAGGCAAAGGCUCAGCGUGGACAGAGGAAGCCGGGAAGCACCCUGGGACAGGCCUUCAGCUGGUUAAGGAAGAGUCGGAGGAAGAAGAACCUCGGUAACGGGCUGAACCGCGUUCCCACAGGGGUGACGGACAAGAAACUGGGAGUUCACAACCAAGAGGCUACAAAGGCUGGCCCUAAGGGCAAUGAAGAGCAGAAGAGGUUGACGGUUCACUACACGGCCUCCCAGCACUACCAGGAGAAUGUCUUCAUUGAGGGCAGCAGGCCUCAGUACCUGGAGGAUUUACAUACUGAAGCUCAGGAGGGGCUCAAGAUACUCCAGCAGGAAGAGCACAAGAACGGUGUUCACUUUGCUGACAAUGAAAGCAUCGCUUCCACAGAUACCCUCUGCACGGAGCAGGAUGCCAGCUCCAAGGACAGAGGUGGCUCUCUGGAGUUGGGACCCAACACCAAUAAUGAUACCACAGCAAAUUCCGCUGAGCUCACUCACCAAGGCUCCACAUUCAAGCCUGUGCAUCCAGUGAAAAGACUCGAUAGAGGCAGGAAGAGGAACAGAAGAACCACCAUAAUGGGCAUUCCCAACCAGGUCCAGAAAGAGCUUGCUUUAAACAGAAGUUCCACCUUUCAGCCGCUUGCUCCGACUCAGCUCCCCCAUCAUGACAAUCCUGAUGGUGACAGCCAGAUAAGUGUUGUCAUCAUUCCAACAGUGGAUGGAGGGACUCCAUCAGGAAAAAAAGAGGGAGCAAGGGUCCACCUUUCGGAACUGGAGGUCUUCAGGGAUGAACAGCUGGUAAAGAAGCAUCUUCAAGGAGUGUACCAAAAUGAGCAGGCCAAUCUCUCGUCUACAUCCACAAUGAGACCCAAGUCUCUUGCAGUUCCCAGCAUGACAACAUCCUUUUCACUCUCUCCCUCAAUGCUCAACUUCCUCCAGGAGCCUCAGGGCCCAGUGAUGUCUAUCUCUCCUCAGGCGACUUACUUGUCUACAAUCAUCCCUAACGCUGUUUUACCGGCUUCAGUUGAAGUAAUUGAGAUUGACCGCAGCAACAGCCGGACUCGUGGCAGCAGUGUCAAUCACGGCGCCGGUAUUUGUGCUGUCAGCAAAAGCAGCCUGACGUCUGAGGAAUCAGCAGUUAGUCCUCUGUUGUCCAGAAGAUCAGAAGGCGACGGCUCCCAGACAAAUAGCUCCAACAACGACUCUGUACUGAUGCCCCGGUCAGCCUCCGGUUCGAACUGGAGUGAGUCCCAGUCCUCAAAGACGGUUAUUUCAGACUCAUCGGUUGCGUCUUUUAAUAGAGCAGGUUUUAAUGUGCAACAAAGCCAGACUGAGGAGCCAGGUGAUGGCCAAGAAAUAAUUGCAACAGAAGUAGAGUCUGGGCGUGGAGCAGCACAGUCAUUGGCUGUUGGGGAGCAAGCAAAGAACAAACGCAACUGUCCACAUAGUCUUUCUGUAACAAAGACCAAGCAGCCUCCGCCACCUCCACGAAGAACUAACUCGCUGCACGGUAAAAAGAUAAAAAGCGAGUCCAAAACCAUGGUGGAUUUUAAAGAUCUCUGCAACUCUGGUUCAGGGGAAGUGAAAAGUUCCUCUGAAAAUACAACAGCAGAUGAGGGAAUAACGCUGGUUGCUACAAAUGCCAAGUUGAGCCCAGAACCUUUGUCAAACUCUACUGGGCCAAGCUCUAUAAACUCUUCCUCCGCACCUUUAAACCCUACGGUGGACUCUUCUAACCAGACUAAAGAAGCAGCAGCACAAGAAUCAGACACUUCCUCUCCACACAAAUCCCCUUCAGAUGGAGAAAAAUUUGAACGGACAAUGUCUCCUUCUAGUGGCUACUCCAGUCAGAGUGGCACUCCCACGCGUUCCCCAAAAGAAAUAUCCCCAAAUUCCCCAGACAAACAGAAACAGAAACCCAUCAAACCUGAGAGAUCUGCAUCUCGGGCCUCAUCCUCAGCAGCUUCUCCCUCUUCUUCACUCACCUCUUUGUCAUCAGGUACAUCUGAGCCUGCGAAUGCAGAUGUUACUAACUGUAGCACAGCUCUGCCUCUGCGGGAUUCCUCGCCAACAAAAGAAGUUAGUCCAAGUAGCAAGCCCUCAUCUUUAAGUGCAGAAGUACAAGAACUAUUUAACAUCCCUCCUCCUCCUAAAGUCAAAGCCCCUCGGCCACCGCCUCCAGAGAUAUGGGCCCACAGCAGACGUACUGUUGAGCUUCUCUGUGGACCAUGUCCUGAUGUCAGCAAAACUCCACUGAAACCAGCACAGAUUCAGGACAAUGAAGAAAAACAGAUAGACACCCAAGCAGAGCCUGGGAAAGACACUCAAGUUACAGCAGGAAACCAGACAAAUCAGGAGAAUCUUGUUGUGGGAAAUGCUGCAAAUAUAGCAAAUCCCGGAGAUGGAAAAAGUGAGGCAAAGGUUAGAGAAGGUUCAAACACAAAACAAAUACAGAAUAAUGAGAAGGACAACACAGAAGUUAAGAACACAGAAGAGAGUCAGGAGACAACUCCAAAGAAAGAGCCCCCUCCUGUUAUGAAGAAACCAACAAAGAUACUAGUCAGAGAGGAAACAGAGCAACCACUGAGUUGCAGUCCAGCAACAGAAGUUCAGUUGUCUGUUGAGGACUGUACAACGCCGUCCCAAAACACUGUAAUGGUUCCAGGUGAUAAGAGCGAGGCAGAAAAAAGUGAAGUUCGGUCUAUGCAGAGACUUACAGUAGACGUCCCCAAAAUGAGUAAGCUCUCUCCGCCACAUACCCCUCCUCCAGCUUACCAGCCGACACCCCCUCCAAUGAGGAAGCUUGCCCCUUCACUGGUGUCUCCUACACCAAACGAGCCGGAGAAGGAAGACGGCUUGUCACCUGUAGACUCCUGUUGGCCACCCCCGCCUCCUCCCUUAGAGGAGGAACCUGUCUUUGAUGGAGAAGAUGAGUUAGACUUUCCCCUACCUCCCCCGCCAUCCAUGAACGAUGAUGCGACACAUCUGACGGAACUAACUCCAACCGCUUCAGUUUUACCUCUACCCGACGACAAAUCAGAGGAUACUGAACAGGUUUCAAAAGCUGACACUGCUAGUGAGACCUCUUCCCAGGAUAUUUCAUGUGAUACAGACACACUUUCACCCUCGUCUGUAGAAGUGCUUCCUGAACCACCUGUCACCAGAGCAGAGAGCCCGAUGUCAAUUCAAGAAGUGGUUCCUUCCAGCAUUUGCCUGAAGCGUAACUCCCUAAAACUUGAAGAUCAGUCUCCCGCUGCUCUUCCAAUCAGACCUCAAGUUUCAGCUUCAACGUCUGUGCCAAAAGCACCUCCCCCUCCCAUGGAAAGUGUAACCCCAGGGGUUAAUUUCAGAAGGCAACCCAGUGGAGCACACAGAGACCCCAGGAGCAAGGAGCUCCUUUCUCGCCACAAAAGUGCACCGAUUCCUAAAGAGGACGCAAACAUACCGCUUGUAACCCCCUCACUGCUGCAGAUGGUUCGCCUCAGAACGGUCAGCAUGACUGAAGAUCAGGCGCAACUUCCAUCUGAAGACAAUGCACACGAGGGAGCUCCAGUUCUGGAGAACUGUCCUGUCUCAAGCCAAGGACCUCAAAGCAUUCCUCCGAAGCCCGUUCGCAAGUCUUUGUCAGUGAAAUCUCCCCCUCCAACUGUAAAAACGCCUACUGUGACAAUGAGCUCCCCUUCGAUGCGCCUGCAGGAGGCCAUACGUAUGAAAACUGCAGCUAUGUCUUCCAGAGACUGUCUUUCACCCAGAGUGGGAAUGAAGUACCCCACUUACUGCUACACUGGUGAACAAGGAGUGCAGUCUCUAAAACCACUAGAAGGACGUGAUAUGCUUAAAUCCCCAGCAUCUACAGCUAGCUUUAUCUUCUCCAGGAGUACAAAAAAGGUGGUUAUUGAGCCUGUGGCCUCCUCCUCUGAGGCUCAAGCAAGUCUGAAGCAAAGCUUGGCAGCUGAGAUCAGGCAGGUUUCCGAGCAAUCAAAGGCUGGUGCUCUCUCAAAUGGCAGAGUUAAGGGUGACAGGAUUCCUCCACCAAUACCCAAGAAACCCGCUCCUGGUAGCACAAGUCCCUUGUUGAGGUCCAGCAACUGUUCAGCAAAGACGGAACUCAGGGUUGAGGGAAACAUAGAUCCUGGAGCUGCGCAAUCCGUGACGCCACCUAAAACAACUACAAGAGUGACGGCGGACACGAUCGAAACACUGUUCUGAACGGGCGAUCUGUGAGCAGACCCAUCGCAAGAGGAACAAAACAAGACAUCAAACUCAGCUUCUUGUUGUGUUUUCUCUAAAAGCCUUAGCCUAUAAUGGCCUUCCUACAUAUUUAUGCAAAAAAAAAUCAUGUUCUAACCCUCAACCUCUAAAGAAAAGCUUUAAUCUAAAGUAUUUUUCUAAAUAAUCUAAUGUAGGGACCCCUCAGGGUGAAGUGAUGCACGAAACAUGAAGGGUUUGUGUAAGAUCGCCUCCUAGAGGUUGUAUCGGGUGGUGCAUCCUCAGGGGAAACGUUACAGACGGGGGUUUAUUGUGCAUUUGAAUCCUCUGCUGCAGUAAAAAGAAACGCUUAGCUAUACAUUCUCCCUGGGAUUGACAGACGAUCCAACCAAGGACAGGAUGAGACACUGUCUCCUUGGUUAUAGGCGUGUGUACAGAAAUUACCCAGCUUAGUUUUAGUCCUGCUUUUCACUGUGUGUAAAAGUAUUAUGGAAAAGGGAUGAUGAUUAAUCCUAUGGGAUGUUUUGUCAGUCAGGGCAGCAUGACUUUUGUAAAGCUACAGAUGAUAAUUGUGUUAACAUGCAACGAAAGGCCUUUAGAUUCGGUAUGUACUAACAGGUCAGAUCAGUGUCUCCUGCAUAGCGCCGGGUCAUACAGUACUGGGGAGAAAAAAAGCACAUUUCACAUCAUUGAAAGAAAUACUUAAUAUCAGACAAAGACAACCCGACUGAAUACAAGAUGGUGUUUUCAAAAGAGGGUUUCUAUUAGAGGGAGAAAGAGCAGAAUUCAUAGGUCCAUCAUUUAUGGCAUCACCUUUAAGGUCUUGCAGAGCAACAAAGCAGCUCCAAACCAUCAGACUAGCACUACUUGCCGUUACGAUGUUCUUUUACUGAAAUGUUGUUUUGGUUUUACACUAGCUAUAACAAGACGCGUCCCAUCCGAAAAGCUCCACUGGGUUCACAGCAGUCCACAGAACGUGCACUGCUGAGAUCUUGGGGGAUCAUUGAGAUGCUUUUCUGGUAAAUAUUAGAAGGGUCUUUGUAUUUAUUUUGGCCAGUAGGAGUUUGGGCCUUGGAGCUGUCCCAUCAAUGCAGUUUUUGCCCAGUCUUUUUAUUUUUUAUCUUUGAACACUGAGAAUAACUGAAGCAAGUGAGGCCUUCAGGACCUUAGAUGCUGUCCUGGGUUCUUUGAAGAUGAGUCAUUGAUGUACUUUUGGGAGCAAUUUUGUUAGGCCGGUGUCUCCAGGCAAGGUUCUCCGGAGUCCUGAAGCCUUAAACAUGUCUCUGUAACCCUUUUCAGACUGAUAGAUGACAAUGACUUGGUCUCUCAUCUGUUGUUGAGCUGCUUUUCAUCGGAGCAUGGUGUCUUGCUUUUUGAGGUCUUUUAGUCAAUUUCCUGUUGUCAGACAGGAUCUAUUUAAGAGCAUUUCUUGGUUCUAAAAGUCAAGCAGUAAUAAGGCCUGAAUGUGGCUAGUGAAAUUCAAAAUCCAAAAUCCUAUUCUUUACCUUGAAGAAUAAAGUCCUUCAGCAUUUUUACUCAGGUUGUCGAUGUUUUUCGGUGAGCUUAAACACAAAACUUUGGCAAAAAAGCAAAAAACAGAAGAAAUCUGUAAGGGGGCAUAUACAUUUUGACGGCACUGUAUGCAGUAGUAAAACAACUAGCGUGUGGUGUUAUCCACUAGUAGCACUGUAAGUCACCUUUUUCUAUCAAAUCUAAAAUAUUUAAGACUCUAUGGGGUUAGCCAAUCUGGUGACUUAUCUUAAUACACUGGAGCUGGUUCCAUGUCUUUUUUUUAUUAUUAUUUUUAUUAUUGUGCUCCUAAAACUGGGACUUGAGCUUUUAGGACAGAUAAUUAAGCUCAUCACUAUUUGCACAAAACCCCCUUUUCCCCAGUGGAAUCAUACAAAGUCAAUCCUUGACUCUUUGUAAAGCGUUUCUUUAAAAAAUAUAUAAAUAAAUCUCCAUUUUGGUGAUUAUAAAGAAUCAUGUACAGUUAUUCCUUCUAUCAAUAAACUCUACUUGCGUCAAACGU